AUGUCCGCUCCAGCAGCUAAUGAUGUCGUUUCUUUCAAGGACCGGGCAACGGCCGAUCAGGCCAAACCCCACAACGAUCUCCUUGUCAUCGAGCUGACGAUCCAGGACAUCGACGUAGCGAAAGUGUUGGUCGAAACCGGAUGCUCGGCCAAUAUUAUCUACAAAAGCACCCUCGAAAGAAUGGAGAUCGAUCUGUGCGCCGUUACGGAAGGACCCAGCCCGAUAUUCGGACUCUCGGGAGAUGCUACUAUGACUCUUGGUUCGAUAGACCUAGUUAUUAAAUCCGGGAGCGUCAUCAAAGUCACGGAAUUCUUAGUCAUCGACCGCCCAACAUCGUACAACGCGAUCAUCGGUACUCCAUGGCUGAAUUCCAUGCGAGCGAUCCCUUUGACAUUCCAUCUGUGCCUUAAGUUUCCAGCCCCUCGUGGAGUCGAAACUAUACAAGGGGACCGCAUAAUGUCGCAACUGACUCUCGAUGAGAACGCCCCGGAACGAGACUCAGAAGUCUUCUGGCAAUCUCAAAGGGCCGAAGCCCUAGAAGGGAAGCGCGAACCGACUUGCAAACCGGUAAUUUCGAUCUGCCUCGACGAAUCGUCUCUGGAACGAUGCGUCGAGAUGGGAGCCAACCUCCGCGAGCCACUAAAGACAGAGCUCAUCGCCUUUCUCAAAAAGAACCUCAAUGCGUUCGCUUGGGCCGCGGAAGAUAUGCCAGGGAUCGAUAUCGGCAUAACGUGUCAUGAGCUUAACAUUGAUCCGACCUACAGACCCGUCAAACAAAAAAGACGGAAGCUAGGACCGGAGCGUGCCACCGCGUAUCUUGACGAGCACGACCACGUCUCCCAUUUGGAGGAGUGCUUUGCAAGACUUAAUGCCCACAACAUGAAACUGAGCCCUGCAAAGUGUAGAUUCGCGGUGGCAUCAGGAAAAUUUCUCGGGUACCUAGUCACGUGUCGUGGGAUCGAAGCCAAUCCUAAGCAUAUAAACGCGUUAAUAGAGAUGGUCUCGCCAAAGACGAAACGGGAAGUCCAAAGGCUAACCGAAAGAGUCGCGGCCUUGAACCGUUUCAUCUCGCGCUCGACGGAUAAGUGUCUUCCUUUCUACGACACCCUGAAAGGGAAUAAAAAGUUUGUAUGGUCGGAGGAAUGUGAGAAAGCUUUCCAACAGCUAAAACGUUACCUGGCCACUCCUCCCGUCCUAGCAAAACCAGUGGAGGGAGAACCCUUGUUCUUGUACAUCGCAGUCGCCACAACAGCGGUAAGCGGCGUUUUGAUUAGAGAGGAACACGGUGAGCAAAAACCAAUCUUCUACAUAAGCAAAACGUUACUAGACGCUGAGAUCCAGUAUCCCCUGAUGGAGAAACUAGCAUUCGCAGUUGUGACAUCGGCAAGGAAACUCCGGCCGUACUUUCAGUCGCAUACAAAUAUUAAUCCUCACCACCUUCCCACUGCGAACGAUCUUGCACAGUCCGAGUCAGUCAGGACGACUCGCAAAAUGGGCAAUCGAACUAAGCAAGUACGACGUGGAGUACCGCCCAAGAACCUGCGCAAAAUCUCAAGUACUAGCGGACUUCUUGGUAGAAUUGCCCACGGGGGAUAUGACAAACACGGAACCAGACUCAACCUGGAUCCUUCACGUCGACGGAUCAUCGUCAAAACAAGGAUCCGGGAUCGGAAUCCGGCUCACGUCUCCGACCGGCGAAGUCUUGGAACAGUCGUUCCGAUUGGAAUUCCAUGCGUCGAACAACGAGGCCGAAUAUGA